ACCUUCUAUUUAAACUCCACUCCUUCAUCCUCUGCUCCUCAGGAAAUCCAUUUCCUACCAAAGAUUUCCUCUCUCAGAUCCUUUGUUUCUCCUUCAACUUCAAGUUCUUCACUUCCUUGAGUUGUUUGUGCUGUCUGGGUAUUUCUUUAAAAUGGCAACAAUCUCUCAGAAUGGUCACCAGAAUGGUUCUUUAGAUUCUUUGUGUACAGCUCGUGACCCACUGAAUUGGGGUCUGGCUGCUGAGUCUAUGAGUGGCAGCCAUUUAGACGAAGUGAAAAAGAUGGUGGCUGAGUUUAGGAAGCCUUUGGUCAAGUUAGGCGGCGAGACCUUGACUGUAGCUCAGGUGGCAGCUAUUGCUCGUGAAUCUGGUGUCCAAGUGGAGCUUGCUGAAUCUGCUAGAGCUGGUGUUAAGGCGAGUAGUGACUGGGUCAUGGAUAGUAUGAGCAAGGGAACUGAUAGCUAUGGUGUCACUACUGGAUUUGGAGCCACUUCACAUAGAAGAACCAAGCAAGGUGGUGCUUUACAGAGGGAGCUCAUUAGAUUCCUGAAUGCUGGGAUUUUUGGCAAUAAGACAGAAUCAUGUCACACUUUGUCACACUCUGCAACAAGAGCAGCAAUGCUAGUGAGGAUCAACACUCUUCUCCAAGGUUACUCAGGCAUUAGAUUUGAAAUCUUGGAUGCUAUCACCAAGCUCCUCAACCACAACAUUACUCCUUGCUUGCCGCUGAGAGGCACAAUCACUGCUUCUGGGGAUUUAGUUCCAUUGUCCUACAUUGCUGGAUUGCUCACCGGCCGGCCUAAUUCCAAGGCUGUUGGCCCUAAUGGAGAACCCCUAGAUGCCCAGCAAGCCUUUCACUCUGCUGGUAUUGAUUCUGGCUUCUUUGAGUUGCAGCCUAAAGAAGGCCUUGCUCUGGUUAAUGGCACUGCUGUUGGUUCUGGCUUGGCUUCCAUGGUUCUCUUUGAGGCAAAUGUUCUUGCUGUUUUAUCAGAAGUCUUAUCAGCUAUUUUCGCCGAAGUUAUGAAUGGAAAACCUGAGUUUACUGAUCACUUGACUCAUAAGUUGAAGCACCAUCCAGGCCAAAUAGAGGCUGCAGCUAUAAUGGAGCAUAUUUUAGAUGGUAGCUCUUAUAUUAAAGCAGCUAAGAAGUUGCAUGAAAUUGAUCCAUUGCAGAAACCAAAGCAAGAUCGAUAUGCUCUCAGAACUUCCCCACAAUGGCUAGGUCCUCAGAUUGAAGUUAUCAGAUUCUCAACAAAAUCUAUCGAAAGAGAGAUUAAUUCAGUCAAUGACAACCCUUUGAUUGAUGUUUCUAGGAACAAGGCUUUGCAUGGUGGAAAUUUCCAGGGGACCCCAAUUGGAGUCUCAAUGGAUAAUGCACGUUUGGCCAUUGCAUCAAUAGGAAAGCUCAUGUUUGCUCAGUUCAGUGAGCUUGUAAAUGAUUUUUACAACAAUGGGUUGCCAUCAAAUCUCACAGCCAGCAGGAAUCCAAGCUUGGAUUACGGCUUCAAGGGAGCUGAAAUUGCAAUGGCUUCUUACUGUUCUGAGCUCCAAUACCUUGCAAAUCCAGUCACCAGCCAUGUACAAAGUGCAGAGCAGCACAAUCAAGAUGUAAACUCCUUGGGGCUAAUUUCUUCAAGAAAGACAGAAGAAGCUGUAGACAUCUUGAAGCUCAUGUCCACAACUUUCUUAGUAGCACUUUGCCAAGCUAUUGACUUGAGGCAUUUGGAGGAGAACUUGAAGCACGCAGUCAAAAACACAGUAAGCCAAGUAGCUAAGAGGAUUCUAACUACAGGAGCUAGUGGAGAACUUCACCCAUCAAGAUUCUGCGAGAAGGACUUGCUCAAAGUGGUGGAUCGCGAGCAAGUUUUCUCUUAUGUCGAUGACGCCUGCAGUGCUACCUAUCCAUUGAUGCAAAAACUAAGGCAAGUUCUCGUGGACCAUGCCUUGGCAAAUGGCGAGAGUGAGAAGAAUGCCAGCACUUCAAUCUUCCAAAAGAUCAGAGCUUUCGAGGAAGAAUUGAAAGCCCUUUUGCCUAAAGAAGUUGAGAGUGCAAGAGAGGCAUACGAGAAUGGGAAUCCAGCAAUUGCCAACAAGAUCAAGGAAUGCAGAUCUUACCCAUUGUAUAAGUUUGUGAGAGAGGAAAUAGGAACUGGGUUGCUGACCGGCGAAAAGGUCCGGUCACCGGGAGAGGAAUUUGAUAAGGUUUUCACUGCCAUGUGCCAAGGAAAGAUCAUUGAUCCAAUGCUGGAUUGUCUCAAAGAGUGGAAUGGUGCCCCUCUUCCAAUAUGUUAAACUGUAACUUUCUUGUUUUGUUUACACUUAAAGAUUUGUUUUCCAAUUGCUUUUUAUGUACUUAUAGUUUGUGAUGUAAAAAAUCUGUAAUGCAUUUCUUUUAAAUGUUCAA